AUGUCCCACCCCGGUUUCUUAGGGGCAGAUUCCUACGAGCUUCCUCCUCACUCCUCCCACUCCGACACCCCUAUCCUCGAUGGAGAAAAGUCCGACAAGCCAGUUCAAUUAUCAUACCGUCAACGACUCCGUCAUUUCACAUGGGCUUGGUACACAUUGACCAUGAGCACGGGUGGUCUGGCUCUUUUGAUUGCAAGCCAACCCAACCGGUUCAAAGGCCUAACCGAAAUCGGCCUGGCAAUCUAUAUAAUCAACUUGCUCAUGUUCGCCUUAGUCUGUUCAUCUAUGGCGGCACGAUUCAUCAUCCACGGUGGACUAGUGCAAUCCAUCACACACGAUCGAGAAGGAUUAUUCUUCCCAACCUUCUGGCUCUCCGUCGCAACAAUGAUUUGUGGUUUAGAGAAGUACUUUGGAGAUGACCCGGCGCAAGCCUUCUCAACCACCCUUGAGGUCCUGUUCUGGAUGUACUGCGUGUGCACCUUUGCCGUGGCCAUCUUCCAAUACUCCUACCUCUUUUCCUCGGUCACAUACCGUCUACAAACUAUGAUGCCCUCAUGGAUCCUGCCAGCCUUCCCAAUCAUGCUCAGCGGCACUAUUGCAUCCGUCAUCGCAGAGCGACAGCCCGCCCGAUCUUCCAUUCCAGUGGUCACAGCCGGCAUGACUUUUCAAGGUCUCGGAUUCUGUAUCAGCUUCAUGAUGUACUCCCAUUACAUUGGACGACUGAUGGAGUCUGGUCUCCCGAACCGCGAGCACAGACCGGGUAUGUUCAUCUGUGUUGGCCCACCAGCCUUCACUGCCUUGGCACUCAUCGGCAUGGCCCGUGGUCUCCCGGAGACCUUCAAUGUAAUGGGCAGUGAAGAUACUGCUGCAGAUGGGCGGAUGAUUGAGAUCUUGGCCCUGGCUGCCGGUGCUUUUCUUUGGGCUCUUAGCCUGUGGUUCUUUUGCAUUGCGUUGAUUGCGGUCCUUCGGUCCCCACCCACCGCAUUCCAUCUUAGUUGGUGGGCUAUGGUUUUCCCGAAUACUGGAUUCACUAUUGCUACCAUCACCUUGGGUACCUCGUUCGAGAGUGCUGCGAUCAAGGGUGUUGGAUCGGCUUUAUCGAUUUGUGUUAUUUCCAUGUGGUUGUUCGUUUUAGUCAACCACGUACUAGCGGUGAUUCGACAGGAUAUUAUGUACCCUGGAAAGGAUGAAGAUGUUUCGGAAUAG